AAGUACCAUGAUAUUUCAACAAGAUAUAGAAUACCUUGUGAAUUAGUUAUACUUAAAACACCACCACAAUCCAUGUCUAUAUAUAAGCAAAUGCCCGUUCUCACUAUCAAACCAAAAAAACAAUUAUUAGAAAUUGAAUGUCAACAAAUACAAAUAGAGAAGGAACAUCUAGCUACUAAAUAUAGGUUAAUAACUUCUCCUGAACCUUUUA